CCAAAAUCGAACGUCAGAUUCCAUUAUCGUAAGAGAAUCCUCAACAAUAGCCAUCAUGGAAAACUCGGCAAGCUAUGAGGGUAGCUGUCACUGUGGUCAGGUGAAGUAUACGGUGCGGAUAUCACCACCAAUCUCGGAGCAGACUGUGAUGCAGUGCAACUGCUCAAUCUGCUACAUCAACGGUUAUUUGAUGAUCUAUCCAAAGACGGCCGAUGUCACUUUCCACCACGCCGAUGAUGCAGUGAAGGAGUAUCGAUUUGCGUCAAAGAAUGUUCCGCAUUACUUUUGUACCAAUUGUGGUACCAGUGUUUACGGCAAAGCUGAUAUACCAGACAAGAGACACAUAAUGGCUGUCAACGUCCGCACUCUGUCUGGAAUUGAUCUUAAGACGCUGAAGAUCCAUGAGCAUGAUGGAAGAGGUGACGUCAAGGUCUAGGGCGGAUUGUAUGCCAUAAAGUCCAAGGUCGGCGUAGUAGGAAAAAGACAGGAUGUUUUCGAUAUCAACAGAUUCACAAGAUGAAUAAAUUAUUUGGCUGUUUUUCUUAUCUCGGC